UUUGAUUAUUAUUAUAUUUUAUGAUAAAGUCAAAAUUGUUUUUUAGACAAUUUAUAUUUUAAAAUAAAAGCUAUGGCGCACAUAAUUUAAAAAUUAAAAAAUAUGGAUUUCAGUUUCGUUAAAAAUGAAACGGGUUUCGACAGCUUGCCUACGGAGAUUAUAAUAAAAAUUUUUCAAAAUUUGGAUCAUUAUGAUUUAUUAUCAAUUAGUCGGGUGUGUCGAAGGUUUUUAUGUAUAUUACAACAUCCAAAAUUGCUUUCCGAAACAUUAUUGAAAAUCAAUAACAUUACAACUAUAGAACAAAGCCCAGAAAAUGUACUGGUGAAAAGUAGCCGUCAAUUUAUUAAUAUUCAUUUUGAAAAUUCGAAUAUUAAACUAUUCGGCAGUCUUUUACUACGAUCUCAUUUGCAGCUUCAAUCAUUAACGUUUGAAUCGUUGGAAUUAGCUGAAAAUGAAAUAUUUAUAAUUUUAAGAGAAACAAUUAAUUUAAUCGAAUUAAAAAUUAUCAAAUGCACAUUCAAGGAAGAUGAAUGCGACAUUACUAGUGUUACUAAUAUAAUCGAUGAAAACAUAAUGUUACCUAAUUUAAAAAUCUUACGAUAUAUUGAUAUAUCAAAUGCUUCUAGAUCAAUUUUGUUUAAAAUAGCCACUUUAAUCCCAAAAAAUAAUUUGAAAGUAUUUGAAGUUACAGUUUUGAAAUCCACUGAAGAAGUUGUCGUAAUCUGUUGUAAUUUGAUUUUACCUAUAUUGCAAAACCAAUGUCUAAGUCUGCAACACGUGAAAAUUUCUAAUUUUCAGAAUUGUUGUAAACCUAAAAUAUUUAACUGUUUAAAAAAAAAUAGUAAAAACUUGGCUUUAUUAAGCAUAGUUCAAACUAAUUCUUUCUCAGAUGCUGAUGUUGUUUUCAUCAAAGAAAAUUUCCGGUACUUGAGAUCGUUCGAAUUAAGAAGCUGUCACAAUUUGACAAACGUUAGUGCAAUAGCCAUUGGAGAGCUGCCUUUAUUAGAAGAAUUAAAAAUUUCUGAAUGCAGUGGUAUUAUAACUGGUAUUAAUAGUGGCGGAAUAAAGAAUGGAAUACUUAAAAAUAUCAACUUGAAAUUACGCAAAUUACAUAUGAUAUUUUUAGAUAUUAAUACGGACUGCAUGAUUAAAAUAAGUGAGCAUUUACCAAAUCUAAAAGAAUUGAUUUAUAGGUAUCCUAUUGUUACUGGCAGAAUUCAAUGUAGAAUAACAGAUUAUGCUUUGCAAGCAAUUUUAAAAAAUUUAACAGCGCUAGAAGUCUUAGAUUUAUGUGGUUGUUCCUGGUUAACCGAUUUUGGAAUAACCGGAUAUGAAGAAGAAACCGAAAGACAAGAUGGCGUUUCAAUCAAUCGAUUAACUAAUCUUCAAGUUUUAAACCUAAUUGGGUGUUCCAAUAUAACGGAUCAUUUCAUUUUGCAUGAUUUUAAUUUAGAAAAAUUAAAAGUAAUAAGAAUACCCGAACUUUCUUUGGCUGGAACAAAGGUAUUAAUAAAAAAAUGUAAAUUUAUUGAAGAACUUGAAUUUCAAAAUGAUUUUGAUACUGAAGAGAUAUUAUAUUUAUCAAUAAAACAUUUUCCGAGAUUGCGAGUCAUAAAAUUUUCACGGUUUUGUUCAUCAAGUAAUAAAUUAAUGGAUGCAAAAAUUCAGCGCUUUAAUAAAAUAUUUGGAUAUGUUGGUUUCGAUUGCAGCUGCACAAUUUGCAACCGCGUAAAAUUAUUAGCAGAUGUUUUUAGAAAUCGAAAUUAAUUUUUAUAAAUUUAGCUUCUAAUAUUUUACUUCUUUUGAGUAAAACAAAAGUCUAAGUGAUUCUUAAAUAUAAAUUUAUAAAAACAAA